GGAGGAUUUUAUUAGAACGCGAUCCGUCUUUUAAAAGGCAUUGAGUGCCAUGCAGGCGUCAAUCCGCUCUCUUUCGCACGAGGUUUGCCUUCCCACGGGGCUGCGGCUGCCGGCCCUGGGCCAGGGGACAUGGCAAAUGGGGGAUCAAAAGCAAACAGAAGAGGAGGAAAUUAACGCCCUGCGAGGGGGAAUCAACGCGGGGCUGACGGUCAUCGAUACCGCGGAAUUCUACGGCGACGGGCGAUCCGAACGGCUCGUGGGGCGGGCAAUUAAGGCGUUUCCGCGCGAAAAGCUCUUUAUCGUUUCGAAAGUCCUUCCCACAAACGCGAAUCCCGCGAGGAUGACCAUAAGCUGCGAGCGAAGUCUGCGAAAUCUCGGCCUGGAGUGGUUGGACCUUUAUCUCUUGCAUUGGCGAGGAGGGGAAAACCUCGCGGAGGUGGUGAAAUGUAUGGAAAGUCUGGUGGACAAGGGCCUGAUCAAGCAAUGGGGAGUCUCCAACUUCGACCUUGACGACAUGGAGCAGCUAUGGCGUAUUCCGAAAGGAAAUCAUUGCGUUGUGAACCAGGUGCUUUACCACCUUGGAUCACGCGGGAUCGAGUUCGAUUUGAUGCCGUGGAUGGCGGCGAAGAAGGUACCGGUAAUGGCGUACUGCCCAAUCGCGCAAGCAGGGGAAAUUCACCGCGGGAUUUACUCAAACGAUGUCGUUAAACAAAUCGCAGCGAGGCAUCACGCCACGAUUCCCCAAAUACUUCUUGCGUUUACCUUGCACACUAGAAACGUUAUCGCAAUUCCAAAGUCGAGUAAUCCCGCCCAUACAGCAGAAAACGCGGCAGCGGAUAAAAUCGAGCUGACAGACGAAGAUAUGAAGGAGUUAAACACGGUGUUUCCGCCACCAAAUCAUAAAAUAUGCCUUGAUAUCGUCUAAACCACUCUUCAGCUUUUUAUCGUUAGAAAUAUUUUUUACAACAAUUGAUUCCCUUUGAAAAAAGAUGGCGAUUAAUUGAACGUAUGCUGUGUGUACUACAAAAAAUCCACUGAAGUAGUCGAAUGAUCAAGCGACAAGAGAAUUACAUGUUCUAAAGAACAAAAGGACAAAAUUCAUACAUGCAUUUGUAUUUUUACUUCUAUUUACUGUAUAAAAAA